AUUUGCGGAAUACACCACGCCGCCGUUGACCCUGGCCAUUGACCGAGCAACCCAACGUUCCUACCAGCUCCCUCCGCAGGAAUGUGUUUUAAAUGCGCGUCCGUUGAACACAGAUCACGCGUGUCGCAGAGAGAAGCUGGCGGACGUGGCUACAAGUAGGGAUGCCGCAUUGGAUAUUUUUGUGAUGGAUCUAAAAUGGAAGUUGCACUGCAUCAAGAGCAGGUGUACAUCUUAAUAUAUUUGGUAAAAAAUUUGGCUAUUUGAAAUAUUAACCACUGCACCCAAAAUAUUUGGCAGCAAAAAAUCUACAUUUCACACAUUUUAACAGACGACAGUGUUUGCAGUAUAUUUGUAUUGCAAGUUAAUUACAAAUAUUCCAGGAAAUUUUUGUAAAAAAUCUGAAACAUUUAAGAAAAACUAGGCGCAUUGCAAAUUUACCGCAGUGGUUAUGAAAUGUGAGUGGAGCUGGUCAUAGAGUUCAUCAUCACCACUGCACCUGAAAUCCCACCACAUCCUGGUCGGAAAGUCUUAGCAUUCGUAAACACUGUACGUGGCACCAAUUGCCAACCUUUAGAUUCAUUCUGAACGACAAGAUUGAAAGAUAUUCACUUCUAAGGUUGUACGCCGAGGCCUGGCCAUUGGUAUUGUACAUCCCAAACACCUCCGUUACUGGAGGAUAUAAAUUGCCAUGGCUUCUGGGACUUCGGAUUCGAGCCUGGCCUUGGUGCCCUACCAGAAGUUGUUGUGCUUGCACAUGAUAAAUCACGGCGGAUUUGGCAUUGUGUACCGGGCACGGCACGCCGAUUGGAACAUCUUCGUGGCCAUCAAGUGUCUGCGCUUCAGCGGGUUCGUGUCUCAACAGGACCGAGAGAGCCUUCUAGCAGAGGCCGAGAAGAUGGUCCGCGCGCGAUUUCAGUUCACCCUGCCCGUGUUGGGCAUCUGCAAUGAGCCCACGUUCAUGGGCAUAGUGAUGGAGUACAUGCCCAACGGCUCACUUGACACCCUACUUCACCAGAAAGCCGUGUACCCAGAGCUGCCGUGGCCACUGCGCUUGCGCGUGCUGCACGAGGUGGCGCUCGGCGUCAACUUCCUGCACAGCCUCGAGCCACCGCUGCUGCACCGCGACCUCAAGGCGAGCAACGUGCUUCUCGACGAGGAGUUCCACGUCAAGUUGGGAGAUUUCGGACUGGCCAAGUGGCGGCAGCUGUCCCUCGCGUGCUCCUCCGUGCACUCCCAGGCGGGCACGGGCACUGUGUUCUACAUGCCGCCCGAGGCAUUCGAGAUGCACUACCGCCCCUCCAUCAAGUACGACGUCUACAGUUACGCCAUCUUGUCUUGGGAGGUGCUGACACGCCAGCGCUCUUUUGAGGACGCCGUGGACUCGACGCAGGUGAUAUUCAGCGUCUUCCGGGGCGACCGCCCUUCCACGGCCGAGAGCGCACUGCCCCUGUCCACGCCGCACCGCGCCCCGCUGCUCGCGCUCAUGCAGAGGUGCUGGGCGCAGGACCCCGAGCAGAGGCCCUCCUUCCACGAAUGCAGCACAGAGAUAGAGAAGAUCCUUAGAGGCUAUCAACCACGUGACUUCGCCAUGGCCAUUGUGCAGCUCGUGGAGCAAAAGGAGAACGCAGAGCGGAGUUUUCUGUUAUCCCCUCGCGAUGGAAAAAGUCUGGUUUCAGCGGUUGAUAACCUGGACCUGUCAUCCAACCCGUUCACGAUGACACAAGCUACACAGCCCAACAAUACCCAUGGAAGCCAGCCCCAAUCGUCAUAUGUGCAGCAGGACCGCUGCACUGGCUCAAAGUUCAACCUUCUCAGCUCGUCUCAUUGCUGUCCCAGCAUCCCUCCUUCUCUGGAUGGGCACGAGAACAUUGGGUGCAGAUCAGUGGCAGGGGUGAUGUCAGUACCAAGGGUCGGUAUCGGAGCCGUGCCUCAGUCCACUCCAGGGUGCAGCCCAGUGACCGAGUUGAGGUCUCCAACUCCCAGGCCGUGUGCCCUGCAAGACCCAAAGUCUGCCCCUGGGAUACUGGAAGACUGCAAGGAGGCGGGCAGUGGACAUGGAUGCAGUACGGAUCUGCGUAUACAAAGUUGCCCGAUGCCACGUCCACUCACGGCCAACAUAAGCAUGGCCGACAUGAACAAGGCAAAGGAGGAGGCGGCGGCGGAGAAGAUCAGCAACAACGCGAGCACCGCGGGGCCUGGGAGCAACGCGUGGCAGGGCACGAACGCGGGCUCAGGCGCAGGCGCGAGUGUGAUGCCGUACCAGACGGCUCGCAUGGCACGGGGCCUAAGUGGCGAGACGGAGUCCCUGCCCGUGCCCAUCAGUGAGGAGGCACAGCAGCAGCAGAUCAGUGGAUGCUACUCGAUGUCGGUUCAAGACAUGGUGCCUUUACCGGAGGUGUGCGCGUGGGUCAUGCAAAGACGGGACUUGAUCAUCCAGCAGAUGACAGAGGCUUGCCUCAACCAGAUUAUGGACUCCCUCGUGGCGCGCAACCUCAUCAUGCGGGAGGACUACGAGUCCGUGUUGACACAGCCAACUCGCACGGCCAAGGUUCGCCGCCUCCUGGACACCUACAGCCCCUCCUUGCCCACACAAGAGCCCGUCGCCAACAUCAUCGUACACAAGCUUUUCUUGAACAAGCAGAUGGGACUCAAGCCCUUCCCCACUUUGCCCAGCUAGGACCGUGCUCCUGCUUCAAAAGACAUUUUCCUCUUCACCUCGAAUUAGCACGGUUGGCUGCGUACGGUGCGAAAGAAGUUGAACAUACACACAGCGACAUGGCCAAGCAGUGACGCAUUUGCCGCUUAUUGCAGGGAGUUUGCAAUUCGAACCCAACGGUUGCCCUGGUUAUUUCACUACUGCGGUGAAGUAUGGUAAAAACAAUUCCCAUGAAUGACACAACAUAGGCAGGCCUGCAUCCUGAGUGGAUUGACAAAGGGUUCUAAAUUAUUCUUAUUUUGAUGUUCACACGGUUAUGAUCGUUAUCGCAAUGGCUGUUGUAAUAAUUCAUAAUAUUGGUCGCGAAAGCCUACGUGUUAAAUUGUUGUAAUAAUGUACGGUAUUGAUGUUUAACGUUAUUGUUUUGAUCACCAUUAGAUAACACUUUAAAAUUAUCUCAGUUUUACAAACGUUCCUUAUUUUUCAAUAAGCUAUGCAAAGAGUAUAUUUUAUCCCGUAGGCUUUCGCGACCAAUAUUAUUCAUAAUAAAGGUUUUUUGGUUAGAUCGCGUUAUUUAUUAAUGUGUCACAACCCUCCACCAUCCGACAGGGCCAAUCAGUAAAAAUGUGUCACGUUGACAAAGGACAAAUAGUUCACUGCUUUCGCCCACCAGUGUGUUGGAAGAGUGAAUCCACAACAUUUACAAUUUUUGAGUACGACGUUUCACUGGUAAUUACAUCCAGCAUCAUCGGGCAAUUUGCCAGAAUAGUGAAGCCCUCCAUCUGCUCCGGGUCUUAAAUAUAGCAGCAGGGUGACGUCAUCAUUUAACCCAAUCAGAUGCAGAGAUCAUAUUAGUAUAACAGAUUUGUAAUCAGUUAAUUGUUUUGAUUAAUAAUCAGUUAUAGAUUAGUAAUUAGUUGGAAUGUGUAUUAUUUAAUAACUGAACCCAAACACUCUACCCAAUCAUGUGCAGAAAUCAGAGGUGGGUAAAGUAGUGAAUUAUUUGUCUUUUGUCAACGUAACACAUUUUUUACUGAUUGGCCGUGUCGGGUGGUGGAGGGUUGCGACACAUUUAUAAAUAACGCGAUCUAACCCAAACCCCUUUAUUAUGAAGUAUCUUUUAUAUUUUCAGAAUUUGCUUUUCCAUCUGGUAUUCGGUGACCUCUUCUAUCCCCUCAUCAAUGGUCAAGAGGUAGGCUGUGAGAUUACUGGAGUUUGACUGAUUACCUUAUCCAUAACAAAGCAAUGGUUUCGGCAUGAAGCAUUGGAAAUAAUUCGAAUUGUGUGUGUUUACAAUGGGAACUGGAUUAAGACAAACAUCCUCAGAUAUCAUUCUGAAAAUACAAUUGUGCCAGGUAGGACAUGUGUGCAGGAUGGGCGAGGUUCCGAUUGUCAAGGCAUACAUUGGAGUUGGUCUCCACGAAUCUGGUAACUAAGGGGAAGACCUAAAAUACUGUUAAGGCACAUCUUGUGAGAUUACAAUAUGGAUUGUCCAGCAGAUGCACGAUCUGGCGUAGGGUAGAAAACCUUGGCAGUGAAAUGCGGUGGCAUCGUUGGCUUUGGCUGUGGUGACAUCGUGAUCGUUGAUCUUGGUUGAAUAUCUCCAGAUAUUACCUUGUUUUAUGCUAUUUUAAUUGUUUCCUGCAGCAUCCCCUUGAAAUAUUGUAUACCACUCCACUUUGCCUAGGAUAUAUUUAAUCGCAAAGCAGCGAAGAUGCUAUGUGCAUUUUUUUUAAAGGUAAAAUUCUUAAAUAAUAUAUUCUUAAAUAGUAUAUGAUUUCUUCUCCAGAAUUGUAUUUCAUUCCAAGUGACAUUUUAAGAGAAGUGUUUUUUACACGUUUGAGGAUUUGCCAGACUGGUAAUGCAAUACUUUUUCAGAGUAAAUUUCUGUCUUUUUCCGUUUUGUAAACACUAAAAGGAUUUACCAUUUUGUACUUUUCAUUUGGGUGUUGUUAUAAGCAUGGUUGGAAGUUCAUAUUUUUUGCGAAUCUGUUGUAUUUAAUGAAAAAAACAUUUUCUAAAUCUAAAUUAAACAGGAAAUAGCGAUUUUUUUUUAGCAUUGCAGUGUUUAUAAGUAGCACUUUCCAGUUCUUGUAAUGUGUAACAAAAGUUUUUUUUAAAUGCUUCGCUAUCUCGCCGAGAGCAAUUUGCAAGUUACGAGUGCUACAAGUUUACCAGUAAUGUCUGCAGAAUAUUAAUAACCAUAAUUCUCGCAUUUAUGUGCUAAUCUCCUCUGCUCAUUUAAACGUGUCAUGUUAUCGUCCAUGAACAUGGACGUAUUUGCAGCAGUUGAAGCUCACCAUUUCCACGUUCACGUUGCAAAAACGUCGCAAGCAUCGCGAGAGAUGGUGACGAAUUGUGGAUGCCUUCAUCCAGCAACAGAUUGACCAUGUCUUAGGAUAAUAAUAUGUCAGUCUGUGAAAUAACACAUUGUGACAUGCAGCCAGUAAAAAUAAUUUCUGGGAUAUUGCUGCUGAGUUUAGACCUGCAGUAAGCGCUCGGCAUGUAACGCUGGAUCUGUUAGAUUAAAAUACUUUAUCCUCACAAUACUAGGCGUCGAAUCGUGCGUGUGAGAAUCAAUUUACAACUUAUGGACGGUUGCAGUCUUUUUUACAGUGAACAAAACUGCAAAAUAGAGAUUACAUUUUGUUCAUUUUAGCAAGAAAAUCCAAACGGGAUGUUAAAAUGAGGCAAAACGACUCUCUGAUUGCAACCCCAAACUUUGAAUCACUGGAGGUGGGGGGGGCGGGUGAUUCUAUUAAACAGCCGUAGCAAAACAAUAAGUUAUAGAUAAAAGAUUUUCAGCAGGUUUAUGUUGUGUUAUUCUUGCCUUACCCCCUGCAAGAGUGUGGGUGGGGAAUGUAGACAAAUGUUGUGGUGCAUAACGAGUGGGCCCUCCUUUUUGGUAUUUAUUUUUGCUCAGCAAUUGUCAUCGACGUGGCCUUGCUGCGAUUGUUACACCAGGAGGCCCCAAAGUAUGGCCCACGUGUGGGAUAUACGGAACUGUGCCUUUUAUUAAAAUGUUAAACACAUA